AUGCUGGAGACCUAUAAGCACCUUACAGCUCUAGGCUACAAUUGGGAAGAGCAUAAUAUUGAAGAACAUUGUCAACAUUCUAGAAGAUAUGGAAGUCAUAAAAGAACACAUACUGGAGAGAAGUCCUACAAAUGUAAUCAGUGUGGUAAAGGCUUUUCGUACCUCAGCACACUCCAAGUGCAUAAAAGAACACAUACUGGAGAGAAACCCUAUGAAUGUGUUCAGUGUGGGAAAGCCUUUUCACAACAUGGAAAUCUUCAAAAGCAUUUAAGAACACAUACUGGAGAGAAGCCCUAUGAAUGUAAUCAUUGUGGGAAAGCCUUUUCACAAGUCAGUAAUCUCCAGAUUCAUAAAAGAACACAUACUGGAGAGAAGCCCUAUGAAUGUAAUCAGUGUGGUAAAGGCUUUUCAUACCUCAGUACACUCCAAGUGCAUAAAAGAACACAUACUGGAGAGAAACCCUAUGAAUGUGUUCAGUGUGGGAAAGCCUUUUCACAACACGGAAGUCUUCAAAAGCAUUUAAGAACACAUACUGGAGAGAAGCCUUAUGAAUGUAAUCAGUGUGGGAAAGCCUUUUCACAAUUGAGUAGUCUCCAUAUUCAUAAAAGAACACAUACUGGAGAGAAACCAUAUGAAUGUGGUCAAUGUCAUAAAGGCUUUUCACUCCUCAGUUCACUCCAAGUGCAUCAAAGAACACAUACUGGAGAGAAACCCUAUGAAUGUAAUCAGUGUGAUAAAGCCUUUUCACACCCCAAUAGUAUUCAUGUACAUAAAAGAACACAUACUGGAGAGAAACACUACAAAUGUAAUCACUGUGGUAAAGCCUUUUCAAAAUCCAGUACUCUCCAAGUUCACAAAAGGACACAUACUGGAGAGAAACCCUACAAAUGUAAUCAGUGUGGGAAAGCCUUUUCACAAGUCAGUAAUCUCCACAGUCAUAAAAGAACACAUACUGGAGAGAAACCCUACAGAUGUAAUCACUGUGGUAAAGCCUUUUCCCAAUCCAGUAAUCUCCAUGUGCACAAAAAGACACAUACUGGAGAGAAACCCUAG